CCUCACACCCGACGCUCGCCCUCGUCGUCGGCGACGCGCGCAGCCCACCCGCUGCCUCCGCGAGCCGGGCUGACUGACGGCCAUGGCGGCCACGGCAGAUCCGCGGGCCAAGCCUCCAUCAGCCGCGCCGCACCACCUCGCCGAGCCAUGGGCGCAUCAGGCCUCACCAGCCGCCCACCGCAUGCCCUCGCCCAAGGCCGCGGCCGGCGGUGGCUGCGGCGCCCGCGAUCGCCGCCGGUCUUCCUCGUCCCACCGCCGGGCCCAAGCCAUCGGGGCCAAGGCCGACGCCACGCCAUACGACGGCGGGAUCGAGGCGCUCCGGGCCAAGCUCAUGGGCCACCUGCGCGACGCGGCGGACCGGCUCCGCGAGCCCCACCGGCCUAGCAGCAGGGGCACCGCCGCGCUGCCGCCCGCUCCUCGCCCUCCGCCGUCCAAGGCUACUACCCCCGCGAGUCCGCCACCACCGCCGCCCGGGACGGACUGCGAGCCCGAGCUCAGGGCACCGCCUGCUCCUCCCGCACCUGCUGCGCCCCCGCAGCCGGACGCUGCCACGAGGCCGUGGAACCUGCGGGAGCGCACGCCGAGGCGGCCCGCCGCCGCCAGGUCGUGGGCCGCGUCGCCGUCCCCGCCGGCACCGCCCCCGUCGUCGCGUAAGCGGCGCAGGCGCGCUCCCUUCUCCGUGCCUCUGGCGGCGGAGGAGAUCGAGGAGGACAUCUACGCGCUGACGGGCGCCCGGCCGCGGCGGCGGCCCCGGAAGCGGCCGCGCGCCGUGCAGCGGCACGUCGAUUCGCUGUUCCCGGGGCUGUGGCUGACCGAGAUCACCGCCGACGCGUACCGAGUGCCGGACGACUAGCUCCACGGACCACGAGCACACCGGGUCAUUCAUUCACCAGCUAGCCGGCGCGGCGCUGCCUGAGUUCCCAAUGCAAGCUCCAAGUCCAAACCACCUGGCGUACGUCGUGGCGAGAAUUCACAGCUCGGGGCUCUAGUCCAGUCCAUCGAGCUGGGUAGGUGCGCCUUGGCUCAUGUCGUAUGCCCUAGCCUAGGAGCUUUUUCUUCACCCCUCGUUCGUUUCCCCGCCUCAGGUUGCUGCGUCUAUUUGUGGUUUGUACAGUUGGCGUGCUUAGUGCUACUAGUUCAUUAUCAGCUUUUUCCAUUA